GUCUUGAAAGUGAUCCAUUUACUUUAACGAUCUCUCUCGGAGUCUCCCCACUCUCUCACUCUAUAAAUACCACCACAACAUCCACUCGUCCAUUAAUUUCUUCAUUCCGUUCUUCUUUCUCUUCUUGCCCCCUUCUUUUUUCUGAGAAGAUCCCAAAAAUGGAGAGUUUCAGCGUCAAAAAUUUGCAAAGCCCACCUCGGAAAUCUGACACGUGUUUGUUGGGAACUCAAAUUUUCCUGAGAAUUUUGGCAACUGCAUUCACAUUGGCGUCCACUUUGAUUAUUCUUACCAGCAAACAGACUGUCACUGUAUUUGGCCUUGAGAUGGAUGCUCGCUAUAGCUAUUCUCCCACUUUCAAGUUCUUUGCUUUGGCAAAUAUCAUUGGAUGUGCCUUCUCUGUUCUGUCCCUCUUUCUGGCUUUUGUUUUAGGCCAUAAGGGUUUUGACCCAAAGCACUACUUUUACAUUUUCCUUCAUGAUUUGAUUGUGAUGGCAGUAAUGCUGGCUGGAUGUGCAGCAGCGACUGCAAUUGGAUAUGUGGGGAAACAUGGAGAAAUCCAUUCGGGAUGGAUGCCCAUUUGUGAUCAUGUUUCCAAAUUCUGUCACAAGGUCACAAACAGUGUCAUGCUCUCCUACUUUGCUGUGAUUUGCUACCUUGUCCUCACCAUAAUCUCUGCAAAUCAAUCCAGACGGAUCCAAGUUUAACACUUUAGAAAUAUCUUAGCAGUGCCGAGUGUCCAAAAAAGUUCGUUUUGUUUGUCUUUGGUGUGUAAUCAUUAGUGCCUUGUAAUUGCUGCCUUGGAUAUAAAAAUGAUGUUAUUAUGCAUAGUUACUUACUUUA